AUGAGAAGCAGGAGGCCACUCCGCGAUCUCCUCCCGCGCCUGCCCAAACCCACCGAUACCCCCGCCCAAAUCCGCCAGAAGCUACAACUUUCCACCAAAUCCGGCCAGGAUGCGGCGCAAUCCGCCGCCGCCGACCCAGCCCGCGCGGUGUCGCUCCUGUCCGAGCGGGAAUGGUUCGCUCAGAUCAACUCGGAGUUCGCCGCCGCACUCCGGCAGCUGGGCCCGCGGUUCGUCGUCCGCGCGCUGCAUCACGCCGCCGGGGAGCCGCUCCUCUGCGUGCGCCUCUAUGUCUGGGCGUCGCGGUUCGGCCAGCGCUUCGCGCGGGACCGGUCCGUGCGGCGCGCGCUCGGGGACGCGCUGUGGCGGCGCGGGCCCGUGGUGCUCUCCGCGGCGCUGGUCGCCGACGUGCGCGGGUGCGGCUGCGAGGUCUCGGAGGAGCUGCUGUGCGUGCUGGUGGAGAGCUGGGGCAGGCUCGGGCUGGCGCACUACGCGCACGAGGUGUUCGUGCAAAUGCCGCGCCUCGGGCUGCGCCCCAGCACGGCCGUCUACAACGCUGUGAUCGCGGCAUCGGUGCGGGCAGGCGCGGUGGACGCCGCGUACCUCAGGUUCCAGCAGAUGCCUGCGGACGGGUGCCGGCCGGACAGCUUCACGUACAACACGCUCGUGCACGGAGUCUGCCGGCGUGGGAUUGUCGACGAGGCACUGAGGCUGGUGAAGCAAAUGGAGGGGGCGGGGAUCAGGCCGAAUGUUUUCACAUACACGAUGCUGGUCGAUGGGUUCUGCAAUGCUGGCAGGGCUGAUGAAGUUUUUGGUGUGUUGGAGAGGAUGAAGGAGAAGGGUGUGUCGGUGACUGAGGCUACAUACAGGGCUCUUGUUCAUGGUUCAUUUCGUUGCCACGGGAAAGAAAGGGCAUACAGGAUGCUGAGUGAGUGGAUUGAGAGUGAUCCUGCUGUGCCUUCCAGUGCAUAUCAUACUUUGCUGUAUUGCCUCUCGAAGAAUGACAUGGCCAAAGAGGCAGUUGAGUUUGUGAAGCAGAUGAGCAAAAGGGGAUCUCUCCUUGACGGCACAACAUUCAGCAUUGUGAUCCCUUGCGCUGUGAAAAUCUUGGAGUCGAGUGAUCUGUGUGAGCUGGUAGAUGAUUUCAUCAAGAAAGGUGGGAAUCUGGGAUUUGAUAUGCAUAUUAUGAUUAUCAAAUCCUUGCUGAGGUGCAAGGAUAUCUCAAAGGCAAAUAAGUAUUUAAGUCAGAUGGUUUCAGAUGGGCUUUUGUCUAGUGUGGCAUCCUACAACAUGGUGGUUGAUUGCCUUGCCAAGGCAGGUGAGGUGGAAAGAGCACUGGAGACCGUCAAAGUUAUGCAAGAGUCAGGUUUCUCUCCUAAUCUCGUAACUUUUAACACACUGAUAAAUGGAUAUUUAAAACUAAGCAAUGUACAUGAUGCAAAAGCAGUUCUUAAGAUGCUCAUGGAACAUGGUUUCAUGCCAGAUGUCAUUACGUUUACCUCCCUUAUUGACGGGCUAUGUCGUACCCAUCAGCUGGAUGAUGCCUUUACUUGCUUCAGUGAGAUGUCUGAGUGGGGUGUUAGGCCGAAUGUGCAGACUUACAAUGUUCUAAUACACGGAUUGUGUUCAGCAGGGCAUGUCAACAAGGCCAUUGAAGUUCUGAAUAAGAUGAAAAUGGAUGGUAUUACACCUGAUGCAUAUUCCUUCAAUGCACCUAUUUUGAGUUUUUGCAGGAUGAGAAAAUUAGAGAAAGCUCAGAAAUUUUUUAAUGCCAUGUCAAAGUAUGGUGUAUCUCCAGACAGUUACACAUACAAUGCCCUGAUAAAAGCUCUAUGUGAUGAAAGAAGAGUUGAUGAAGCUAAAGAAAUUCUACUUGCAAUGGAGUCCAGUUCCUGCAUUGCUGCUAAUCAACAUACGUAUUGGCCAGUUAUUGGUGCACUUACUAAAAUUGGACGAUUCAGUGAGGCGGGAAUGUUCAUGAAUAAAAUCCAUAGAAAAACUGCCCACUUAGGUUCCAGUGCUUGUUUAAGGGUAGGUGCCUUGAAGAAUUGGGCACUGGGAUGCACGGCAUUUCAAGGAUGCAAUGAAUUUGGACUUGUCCCUCUGAAACCUAUUCAGAACAAUUUGGGCAUGCAACAUCUAAAACGAUUGGCACACUCAGGCGAAAUAUCCAGGACCAGGCAAAUGGAAAAUAUUGAGGCAGUUGUGAUGGCAAUAAAUAAAUCUGCAAACAACCACUCAUUCGUGGCAAGGCUAGCGAAGCCAUUAAAAUCAAAUAGCGAUCAAACAUGGUAA